GACAGAGCCAGCAAUCAUCUCUCUUCUCUCUCUCCCAUCUCUCUCUAUAAUAAAACACCCUGAUUUGUCAUUCAUUGUUUUUUUCUGUGAAGCCGCUCGCUCUCUUAUUACACAGCCUCGUAUGAAAUGCUCAAUCACAUUUUCCACCUUGUUCAAGAUUCUUGUCUUGAAACAGUUUCUUAACUGAUUCAAUUCCCCAGUGAGUUUUAGCAUCUGGGAUUUGAGAUUUAAUCAAGAGCGAGCGGCCAAACAAAAACAGAGCAAUCAUCCAUAUAUGGAUUCAUGUAAAGGAAAAUCAAAGAAGAUGAUUGGAAUGGAUUGGGAGAGAGACGAAGCUCAGAAUCUGGAGGGACAAAUAUAUUGCCCUGCUUUCGACCAAGCUUCCUUUUCAAACCGCCCUUUCAAGAAAGUCCGGAGCCCCGACCGCCGCCACAACUCCUCGUCAUCUGCUUCGCCGCCGCUUCUACCGCCAAUGACGUCUCCGCCUCCGUAUUUCCCCUUCUCGCUGGAGAAUCAACCGCCGCCGGAGACGACCCCAUUGUUCCGGCCGCAGCAGCAGCAGAUGAUCUCAUUCACGCCGCACCACCACCAGCAAAAUACGGCGUUCCCGCUUUAUUUUGCUGGGGAGGCGGCGUCUAUGCAGCAGCAGCAGCAGAUGCUGCUGCAGUACUGGAGCGACUCCCUCAAUUUGAGCCCAAGGGGGCACAUGAUAAUGAUGAGCCGCCUCGGGCAGCACGGGAGCACGGCGCUCUUCCGCCCUCCCGGGAUGCCCCUGUCGGCGACGAAGCUCUACCGGGGCGUGCGGCAGCGCCACUGGGGGAAGUGGGUGGCCGAGAUCCGCCUCCCCCGCAACCGCACGCGCCUCUGGCUCGGCACGUUCGGCACGGCCGAGGAAGCCGCCCUCGCCUACGACCGCGAAGCAUUCAAGCUCCGCGGCGAGAACGCGAGGCUCAACUUUCCCGACCUUUUCAUCGGGAAAGCGGCGGCACCUCAGCCGAUAGCGACGGACGAUUCCUCUUCGUCCAUUGCUCCUCCAUCACUGACAGUGCCAGCUGCUGCAGCAUUGGCAGUGACAAAUGAAGAGGAGGAGCCCCCGCCUUCUGCUGAGGAAGCGGAAGACGGAGACAAUGCCGGUAGCGCAUCGCAUUCGUCGGAGCUGGUGUGGGGCGGCAUGGCGGAAAAAGAGUGGUUCGAGUCGAUUCCGGCGGGGUGGGGCCCAGGAAGCGCGGUGUGGGACAAUUUGGAUUCAAAUAAUAAUUUGAUGCUUCCUCCAAAUCUUGUUCCAUUUGAGAAACAAGACUCUGAAAAUCAUUGUGAUGCACACAAACAAGACAACAGAGAUUCAUCAUCUUCUACUUCUUCUUCUGCUGUUAGGCCCUUCUUCUGGAAAUAACUCUCUCUCUCUCUCAAGAAAAGGAGAAACAUCUUUUUAGUCAUCUCCUCUUCAAUUCUAACUCUCAUCAGAUGCAGAGGGCUGCGUAUUAGAGGCCAAUUUGCAUGGGAAUGUGAGUGUGUGUGAUUUAGUUUUAGUUUUAGUUUUAUUUGAAGUUUGUAAAAUCAGGAGACUUUUUUGUGGUCUCCGACUCCUCUAUUAGUGAUUUUAUCCAUCAUUGUUUCAUUAGAUCUGUUUUUACCAUGAUCUAAGGAAGGUGGAAAUUAAUCAGUAGUUAAUUGUUGUAAAAUUCAUGAUUAUUGUUGGCAUGCCACUUUUGCUUAGAAUGUUGCUUGAUUGUUGGUUGCUAAUUCUAGAUUCUACUUAGUGGAGUACUCAAUAUGGUAAUGGUUGCAUUUCAAGAUUUAUUGUUUUUGC